AUGCUGCAAGACUGGCAAGACAACCAUGGAGAGGCCUGGGACGUUUCAAGAGGGAAAGCCGUUGAGGCAGCAAGCCAACGCGCUGAGGCAGAACACAAAUUUGUCUGUGAAAGCUUCCUUGGUGGGUACGUGGAAGCAUUUGACCGGGUCCAGGCUCUACCAUCUGCAUUGCCCCAAACGCUCAAUGUUGCCGAGGCAUGGUACAAAUCGCUGGAGUUGGCGGCUUUACUUUGCGAUGCCAUCUUGGAUGAACCUCUGGAUCCCAAAAGAGACGGCCUGCACAACUUUUUCCACACCGAGACGGUCCUCGUAGCCUCCCCGAGAAAACUACUCAACAACAAAGAACAGCCUGCCACUUUCAAGCCGUAUAUCCGGCUCUUCUCUGGAGAGGAUCUUCCCGAUUCACCAGCCAACAUGAAGCUCUCUGCCAUUUCUGCUGGAGGGAUAUACUGCUAUACACACUAUAUGGCAGAUCCGUUUCAGUCUGUGAGCAAUGCUCGUCAAAUCCAUGUUGGCUGCGGAACAAUCUCCAUCGACGAAGGUGGUCGCAUAUACAAUGAGAUCCGCGAUCAAGAUCCGGUUGAAUUGAAGCCAUUCCACACCAAAGUUCUGAAUCACUACCCGACACGUCCCUCUGCGAGAGCGAUGGUUGAAGAGGAUAUCGAUUUGAGAGUCUGGUUUGAGCAAUGGGACGGAGACGACUUCGAAGAGAGGCAAGCUGUCAAUCCCGCCGAUGCGUUACGAGCCGGCUGGUAUGGUCCCAAGGGCUCGUGGCGAGGCCAGUAUGGGACAAAGAGCAAUCCAGAGAAGCUUUCGGAGGAGGAACGUCGGAAGUGGAUAGCUGCUUAUGGGUCUUUUAUAGCACCAUGA